CCCACCCUACCGUCACUCCCCUACACGUAUCUCUCUCUCUCCUCUCACACAAAUCAAUCCAAUGUUUCGGAUGCUUCAAUCUCGUCUCCCUUCUCAGUUCUCUCCCUAACGUUUACGUAACUCUCUCCCCCCCCCCCCCCCCCCCCCAUUUAUAGCUUUGGAUCAUACUUUGUUUGGUGUUCGUCAGGUUCGAUUAUUAUCACUGCCCCGAAAUUUCUACAGCGCUCAUGGACGAUUUGUCAACUAAGAAGUGCGUACCAUGCAACUCAGAGGAUCUGAGGCCCAUGACUAAAGAAGCAGCAAAUGAGCUAAUUCAAAAGAUACCUGAAUGGAAUUUGGUAAAUGAAGAUGGUAUGUUGAAGCUUCAUCGAUCAUGGAAAGUCAAGAGUUUCACUAAAGGAAUGGAGUUCUUUCAGGUUGUAGCUAAUGUUGCAGAAGCAGAAGGUUAUCAUCCUGAUCUUCAUCUUGUUGAAUGGAACAACGUGAAAAUUGAUAUAUGGACGCAUGCUGUUGGUGGACUGACAGAAAACGAUUUCAUACUUGCUGCUAAGAUCAACGGUCUCAAACUGCAUCAUCUUCUGAGUAGAAAAGCUGUUGAAUGAAGCAUGAUCGGCCAUCGGGAAUUUUAAAGCAAUACUCCAUCUUCAAGGAAUCGCAGCUUCUUGUAUAUUUUUUUUACAAGUUCUCUAGCAGGAGCAUCUGAGGUGGGGGUUUAAUCUUUCUUUUCCUUCUAGAACUCUAUGAGUGUGUACGUAGAGCAACAACUAUCCUAAAAUUUUGGACUCAUUUUAUAAAUAUGUUCCUUCAUGGAUGUUUGACAU